GGAGCAUCUUCCGUGAAGGGGCGGGGCUCCGCCAGUCUCCCUGGAUCCCUCCAUUGCGCAUGGCACGUUGCGUACCUCCCUCCCAGCAACCGGCCUGGCGGCAGCGCGGAUACAAAACUGAGGAGGCGGAGCUGAGACGGAGUCGGUACUGCGCUCUGACUCCUAGACCAGGUUUAAGUUUUUGAAGUUGAAGUAGGUCUACACAGUAGGAACCCAUGUCUUUUCUUGUAAGUAAACCAGAGCGAAUUAGGCGGUGGGUCUCGGAAAAGUUCAUUGUUGAGGGCUUAAGAGAUUUGGAGCUCUUUGGAGAGCAGCCUCCGGGUGACACUCGGAGAAAAGCCAAUGAGGCAAGCUCAGAGUCCAUAGCAUCCUUCUCCAAACCAGAGAUCAUGAGCAGCUUUCUGCCAGACGGCGGGUGUUAUGAGCUGCUCACCGUCAUAGGCAAAGGGUUUGAGGACCUGAUGACAGUGAAUUUAGCCAGGUACAAACCAACAGGAGAGUAUGUGACAGUACGAAGGAUCAACCUAGAAGCUUGUUCCAAUGAGAUGGUGACGUUCUUGCAGGGGGAGCUUCAUGUCUCUAAGCUCUUCAGCCAUCCCAAUAUAGUGCCGUACCGAGCUACCUUCAUUGCAGACAACGAGCUGUGGGUCGUCACAUCAUUCAUGGCGUAUGGCUCUGCAAAGGAUCUCAUUGGCACACACUUCAUGGAUGGCAUGAAUGAACUGGCGAUUGCGUACAUCCUGCAGGGGGUGCUAAAGGCCUUAGACUACAUCCAUCACAUGGGCUAUGUGCACAGGAGUGUCAAGGCCAGCCACAUUCUGAUCUCCACGGAUGGAAAGGUCUACCUGUCUGGUUUACGAAGCAACCUUAGCAUGAUCAGUCACGGGCAGCGGCAGCGUGCGGUCCACGACUUCCCCAAAUACAGUAUCAAGGUCCUGCCUUGGCUCAGCCCAGAAGUCCUCCAGCAGAAUCUUCAGGGUUAUGAUGCCAAGUCUGAUAUCUACAGUGUGGGAAUCACAGCGUGUGAACUAGCCAAUGGCCAUGUCCCCUUCAAAGAUAUGCCUGCCACUCAGAUGCUGCUAGAGAAGCUGAAUGGCACAGUGCCCUGCCUGCUGGACACCAGCACCAUCCCCGCUGAGGAGCUGACCAUGAGUCCCUCCCGAUCCAUUGCCAACCCUGGCCUGAAUGACAGCCUGGCUGCUGGUAGCCUUCGGCCUUCCAAUGGCGACUCACCUUCCCACCCCUACCACCGAACCUUCUCACCUCACUUCCACAACUUUGUGGAGCAGUGCCUUCAGCGCAACCCUGAUGCAAGGCCAAACGCCAGUACCCUCCUCAACCACUCCUUCUUCAAGCAGAUCAAGCGACGUGCUUCAGAGGCUUUGCCUGAGUUGCUCCGCCCAGUCACUCCCAUCACCAACUUUGAGGGCAGCCAGUCUCAGGAUCACAGUGGAAUCUUCGGCCUAGUGACAAACCUGGAAGACCUGGAGGUGGAUGACUGGGAGUUCUGAGUUUCUGCAGCCUGCAGCCUCUAGCUGGGCUGGGUGUGAGCCUGGGGCCUUCGUGAGGACCAGCAUCUGCCUCUGGCUGCAGACUGGGCUCAAAGGACAUUCUACUGGCAGAGCUGCUGGCUACUUGAAAGGACAUUCUAGAAGGAACUUCACUGUUUUUGUGGCUUUUGAGACCCAGGGAAUCCCAGUCACCAGGGACUUGGAGAGACCGGAAAGCUGACAUCCUGUUGUGUGAGCUCAGGGGACCUCCUUAGAAGGAAGAAAUGCUGCAUUGGCCCCAAGGCCCAAGGCCAAGCCUAGAGUAACUCUUGACCCAGGGGACCUUCACAUCCUCUUCCCAACACUUGCUCUCAGCUCGCCUGUUCCCUCAUUCUUCUGCUCCCAGAUCCCUUAGGGCUGAAAGGGGACAAGUCCUAAGCAGUCUGCCCCUGCCCAGCCCUCAGGCAUCUCCCCAGUUACCGAGUACUAGGUCAGUUAAGGCUGAGACUGGCCAUCCUCAUCUCCACCUGUCUUGGACCCUGACACCUGAAACCAUCUUAGCUCAUUUGUGUAUUACACUCCUUUCCCAGGAGUCCAUCAUGAUGCCUCCUGCCACCUGCUGCCUUGUUGCCCCCUCCAAGGGACAUACACGCCGCCUGUCUGAGGGCUUCAGAGUCCUUUUUAUGUUGUUUUAGUUUCAUUGUCAAACAAAUUAAAAAUUUCAGAGUUUGUUGGGACUGGCA